AUGCUGGGUAUGGGGACUCUAACUUUGAGUUCAUCAACUGCAAUGCUAGCUCAAUCCACCCUCACCUCUUCCAACAGAAACCACAUCCUUUCCAACAAAACUCACUCUUCACCAAUCAGUUUGGUCUCUUCCACCAACCAAAAGAAUUUCACCUUACUCUCUUCCUUCAAGAAACAAACACCUUUUACCACUGCUGUUGCAUCUCUUCAAUCAGACAAUGUUAGCUCUUCUGACGCUCCUGCUACCAAGAAUGAGUUCAACAAGUACUAUUUUAUUAUUGCAAAUGCAAAAUUUAUGCUGGAUGAGGAGGAGCAUUUCCAAGAGCAGCUAUUUGAACGCCGCCGCUACUAUGGAGAGCGUAAUAAAGAACAGGAUUACUGGCUUGUCGUUGAGCCUAAAUUCUUAGACAGUUUCCCCGACAUUAAGAAGAGAUUGGGGAGGCCUGCUGUUGCUCUUGUGUCGACCAAUGGUCCAUGGAUCACAUUCAUGAGGUUAAGACUGGAUCGAGUUUUAUCAGGAAGUUUUGAAGCUGACAGCCUAGAAGAAGCAUUGGCCUCCAAUCCUACUAAUCUGGAAUUUGAGAAGCCUGCAAAAUGGGUGGCACCGUAUCGGAAAUAUGAAUCUGGAUGGUGGGAAAGUUUCUUGCCCUCUGGACAGAAAGAGGCGACGUCGUAA